AUGACGGGAGAGGACAACACUCUUAUCAUUGCCAUAGAGUUUGGAACGACAUACUCGGGCAUUGGGUACAUACAUACGGCUGCAGGGCGUGUACCUAGUAGACAGGCAAGAUCUUCUAACCCACUGGCCGCUGAGAAAUGCGACAAGCGAAAAGGCACCAACGUCAGUAACGACUGCGUCCACUAUGGAUACAAACUAUAUCUGAAUAUCUUAUCUAGCGAGAUACUUUACGAUGGCAAUAAACACACGAUUGAAUGGGGAUUUCAGGCCCAAGGCAACAUUAGGGCCUUGAAAUAUUUUACAUUGGAGCUGGAUCCGAAAGCCAGAGCCAAGCUCAAGGCACUACGAUCCGACACUGAAUCCUCCCGAUCCUUCGUGAGGAAUCACGGACCUAGGAGUGCAGUUGUCGGGGAAUAUGAACCAAAUCGCGAUGCCAAGGAUGUUUGUACAGAUUACCUCCAGGCUAUCUACCUGGCUGCCCUAGAGCAGAUCAACAACCUAUGGGUUCCAGCCCCUAAAAGGUUCAUUUUGACUGUCCCGGCUAUCUGGACCGAUCCAGCGAAAAAUGCCACAAAGCAAGGUGCUAGGAGUGCUUUUGGCCAACGUGCCGAUAUUGAACUAAUUGCAGAGCCACAGGCUGCGGCGAUACAUACCCUUAGUCAAGCGCACAUGAUACAGUCGGUUCGGGCGGGAAAUCACUACAUCAUCUGCGAUGCUGGUGGUGGCACAGUAGACCUGAUCACCUACUGCGUCAAGAGAAAAGAGCCUUUGGAAUUAGUUGAAAGCAUCCCUGGGACUGAGGAAGCCUGUGGAUCGAUCUUCCUAAACCGCGCAUUUGAAGACUUCCUAAAGGUAAGACUGGGGAGGUACUAUACCGGCCGUAGGACUGAAACGCUGGAGAAAUGGCUGCGCGAUGCGCGCCGGCGUUUCGAUGUCGAGGGACUUCCACCGGAGUUGUACGGGGCCCGAAUCCAUGGCACGGAGGAAACCUGUCUGAUCAUUACUGGACGUGACGUUGCUCGGAUGUUCGACCCCACUAUCGUUAGGGUACUCAGUCUCAUCAGUGACCAGGUCACAACUCUCAUCCACCGGAGGCGUCACUGUCCUGAAUUGGGAAUUGUGAUGGUUGGUGGAUUUGGCCGAAGUGGCUACCUAUACAAGCGAGUGAAGCACAAGUUUGAGCAUCUAGCCACAGUCACGCGGCCCCCUGACGCAUGGGCAUCGAUAGCCUUAGGAGCUCUAUGCUGGGGAAUGAACCAUGAGACCGUUACGGCGAGAAAGCUACCACGGUGUUACGGCCAACAGGUCUAUGUGAAAUACAAUCCCAAUUGUGGAUACCCAAGUGUGCCCCACCCUGUCACUGGUGAACCCUCUCAUGAGGCCAUGCAAUGGUUCGUUGAGGCGAGCUACGAAGUGGGGUACAUGACCAUUGAUCUAACAGAGCCGCGGAGAAGCGGCCCGGCUCCUUGCCUCAGGUCAGAUGGAAAAGGUUCCUACCAAAAGCUAGAUUUUAGGAUGUGGCUGCUGUUUGGGAGUGAGAUUGUUUUCCGAGCUGAAUUUGAGGGCACCUCGCAGGACGCGCGGGCUAAUUACACAAAUUAA